CUGGGCGCGUUCCUCACCAUCUCUUCCAUCAUCCAAGCAAUAUGAGAGAGAAGUGGAAGAAAAAGCGCAGCAGGAGGCUCCGGCGCAAACGCAGAAAGAUGAGGGCCCGUUCCAGUGCGUAUUGCGUUCACUACUCGUCUAUCGCGCGCAUAUCUAACGCUCCUGUGCAGAAUAAUCGACUCGCCGAGUGCUAUCUAGUGCCUUGGGAUAGUCGGACAGCGACCUGCACACCACCCAGACGGCGGGUCAAGAUCGCCCACAUGCGUCGCCCGGCGACGAGAUCCUGCUCCACCGCUGCCCAGCCGCAGCUCCGGCUCUCAUUGUACUUUGUCUGUACAACCGUGACAUAGCGCUCCCUCCAUGAUGUUGGGUCGACGAUCUUGUGUUGAAAAUACAACCGUGUAACAUUGUAUCAUGCAACGACUUGGCUUGUGAUCUGACUGUUCGACCUUUCGAUCGCGGCCAGCCUCAAGC